UCUCCCACUGAGGCCAGACAAGGCAGCCCAGUUAGGGGAACAGGGAUUCACAGUCAGGAAACAGAUUCAGGGGCAGCCCCACUCCAGUUGUUGGGGAACCCACAUGAAGACCAAGCUGUAUGUCUGCUACAUUUGUUAGGGGAUAGGGGGACUAGGUCUAGCCUGUGCUAGUUCUUUGGUUGUUGGGUCAGUCUCUGGGAGCUCCCACGGGUCCAGGUUAGUUGCUCCUGUUGGUCUCCCUAUCUUCACUGUUUUAAUCUCUCCCUUUUCCUCUCUGUAUUUCUCCCUCAGCCUUGGCAAGUGCUCCCCCACUGAGCUGUGUUCUUGGCCUGGCUGUAGUUUAACUGUAGAGUCAAGCAACACUUCAUUCCAUGUUUCAAAGGCACUGAGCCUUGUAGGAAAGGCUGCCUUUGCAGACCAAAAAGGGCCAAAGAAAGCAGCAACAGAAAAGACAAAAGCAUUGGGCAUUCCAGUUACUUCCUUGUAAGGAUGAAAAAGUGGUUGCUUACCGUAACACUGCUUCAGGUCACAUUUUCACAUGAGGAAAAGUUCAGAAACCAGCUUGCCAGGGCAAGCUGGCGAUGGCCCAUCUCUCUUGGAUUCUGGGAAGGUGUGAUAGCACAGAGUUGCAUUUGGUAAGGUGCAAAGUUGUCAUGACGGACACCAUUUUGCUUUUUUUUUUGUCUGUUGGGCCCUGAACAGGUUUGGUUUGCAUAUUGCCUCCAAACCCCUUCGACAUGCACAGAAGGGGAGGCAGCUUGUAGCAACAGCUGCUGCCAGGCCAGGCGAACUGAAGCAGCAGUUGCAAGGGCCAGAGGCAGAAGAAAGGGAAGGCACAGACAAGGGGGCCAGGCUUCCUUGUGGAGCAAAGCAUUCAAUUUAGGAAAUGUCCUGGAAGCCCACAGAGCAAAACCUUUUCAAAAGAUUCCCAAAGGAACUAUUUUGGUUUAAACAUAUAACUCCCCCCAAAGGACAGUUACAGGGUGGAACGGCUAAUCAUGGGGUCUUUUACUACUAGAUCCAGAUCAUGUGAAUUUUUUAUUUAAAACAAACAAUCAUACAAACAAAUCCCUGUAUUUGUAAUUGAUAGAAUAGUAGACAGCUGACCGAAUUGUGGCAAAUCCUUUUAUAAAAGUCAAUCAUUUGAGGGAAGGCCCUUAAAUAGUGCCCAUUCGACAGUGAAAAACAACAAAAGUCGUCAUUCUUCAUUUUACUUCCAAACUUUAUCUAGUUUAGCUUGUGCCUGCAGGGUCAGGGCAGUGGGUUCCAGAGUAAGAACUAGCUAAGGAACAGCCGGCGUUUACACUGAAGGGUCCUAACAGAGAUGGUCACCAUGCUAGUGCUUGCUAGUUGCUCAACUUUCAGAAUCAAACUGAAGGCACUGUUUAAUUACUACAAGUGGAACAGGACAACAGCAAUAACAAACAAACACACAAACAAACAGAAAUUGUCAGUGAGAUUCCAACAGAUGUGGGGAAGUAGAAGGGGCUGGAGGAUUCAGGCUUAUAUGCUCGGGGGAGUUAAGGUUGAUGAUUGCCAAUGCAUAAAAUAGAAUUUAAGUCUGAGUUUUGAAUGUAAAAGGGGCCAAAGGCAGCCAAUAGGAAAGUGAAGAAUAAUACAUUUUCUAUGUUGGAGUAUAUUAAGAAAAAGUCUUAAACACUUUGAAUGAAAUGAAAUUUCUCUGAUUUUGUUCUAUGAGGCUGAAGAUUAUAAAGUUGUCUAGGGCAUGAUUUGUUCAGCUACUAGCACUUUUGGUGUGAGUCUCUAUUCUUCAAGCUCCAGUCAAUAUCAUAACUUUGACUUUUAAAAACAAAGUGUGAAUGUCACUUUGUUCCCCAAAAUGACUUCAGGCCCCUCCUCCUUCACUGUAAGAAGAACAGCAGUAAGAAGUAAUCACGUGGGAUAAGAGGAAGGAGUAAUGGCUCUAGAAGACUGAACGAGAGACAUCAAAGAGGAAGCUUCACCCAGGCUGAGACCUGACUAUUGGCUCAGCCAACCAAUCGAAGCACAGCUAAAAUGAAGGCUGGUGCUAAUAAGUUGUGCAAAGGCUGGCGGAUGUGACUGGAGACUGCUUAUCCAGUGGAGGUAGAGAAUACUGUGGCUUGCGACUCAGGGUGAGAUUAACUUCUAGCCCAGGACUCUCAUUAGAUCCUAAUGGCCCCAGGGAGCAUUUCAUGUUCUUUUGGUGGUCAAUAGGAAGGGCCUGGUAAGUGAAUGGAAUUGCCAUGGCUGGAUUCCCCGAGUCUGACUCAAUCUGCAAUCUGGAAGGGUUGAAGGAGGUCGAAGGAUUAAUGGGACAGUUGGUUAGACACAUGGAGAAACUGGAGAUUUUGAGUAUGGGAAUAACAAACCAUGGGCUCUUUGAAUUUGUGAGGUGAGAGUGGUGAGGGAGAUGGGGUGUCAAAGGGGGCUGAGAUAACUGACAUGGGACUCUGGAUGGUUAUGAUGCAAACUAGCAAAAAACAUAGGCAGGCAAGGGGAGGGGACCUUUAUGGGUGGGCUUAGGGUCUUAGGGUGUUUUUAUGCCUAAGGUGGGAGAAAACUGUAGACAAGGACAAAAGUUCUAUAUGUGGUUUCUUAAAAGAAAACAUUUUUCACAAAGUAGAAUCCACAGAAUUUAGUCAAAAACAAGUUCAACAGAAAGGAAAUUGAAGAAAGCGGUAAAAAUAGCUUAGAAAAUGAGCAAGUGCAUUUUCCUCCUGCUGUCUUCCCUCCUGGGGUGAUCACUGGUGUCUUGGUGGGUUUAAGAACAGGCCGCUAGGACCUUCUCUGCAAGGCCCUUGCAGUGGGUGGCACUGACUGCACCAGCAGAGGUUGAAAAGGUUUUCACGAAGACCUACUAUAUGCCAAAUACCCAUUUUAGACUUUUAAAAGAGGAUCUGGUUGGCCUCUCACCUAGCUCCUUGCUAGGAGGAGGAGUGGAAGUGAAUCUAAACAUCAGGAGACGACUGGAGGUUGGAACACAGCCAGUCCUCAAAAGCUCCCCGCCUGCCUGGCCACACAACACAGCUACCCACAGAGCCUCCCACAGGCUGAUCCCUGCUCUCUCCUAAGAUUCCCAUCAAUUUCCCACUGGCUUGGUCUCUGACAUUUACAGCAUUUAAGAGAAAGUCCGUGUAGGAGAAUCUGACAUGCAGCUAAGGCUGAGGACCGUGCCCUUACACAGUAAAUCUUUAGAAAUGCUGAUGUGGUUACCGGAUGAUGAUUUCAGAGAAAGUUGUUGAUGCUAUAGAUUGUCAGGAAGGUUAAAAGCCACAUGUUUGGGGAAAAGAUUUGUGUUCAGGAUUAAACUAUUCUAAGUAUGAUAUAGUAUGUUUGCAUGAAUAUAUCCGACAUUCUGAGUAGUGUGUGAAUUAUUUUGUAGCUCAUUUGGCCACAACAGUCCUCCACUACACCUUAUUAAAGUUAAAAACAAAAACAAAAACAAAACCCCCGAUAGUACACGUGACCCUUAACUGAUCCAGAAAUGUACUUUGAUCUAGCAGAGGUGCCGUGAUGUCACAUCUGCUAUCAUGACAAGGUUCUGAGAGAAGAAAAGAGAAAGCAUUUUCUUAGAUCAGAUUUAGAAUGGGUUAGAAAAGACAUAAAGGGCCGUUUCGAAAAGGCAUUGCCAGUUUUACAAAAACAGGAUAGGUUUAUUUAACCCACCGUGCUGGCUACCAUCUGCAAAACCCAGAUAAUGCAGGCUACAAGAAAGAUAAUGCAGGCUACAAGAAGAGGUCUCUGGCUUUGUUGACUUGAUAUUGUAGUGACAGAAGAUGGACGGUAAAUGGAUGGGCCAAAAUAAGCAAGUAAAUGUCCAGAAAUGUUAACUGUAGUUCUGAAGGAAGUGAUAGCAGAGAUGGGCCCUCGGGAGUACAGGAGGGGGGGGGUGGUAUGAGCUAGGUAAGAAGGGCAACCUGAUUCAGGAGGUGACCAUGAUAGGACGUGAUUGAUAAGAUGGGGCCAGGUUGGUCAAGAGCCUUCUAAGACAUGAAUCCUGUAGAUUCGAAGUCAUAAGGCUGACUCCAGUCAGAAUAUUAAAGAUCAGGACCAAAGUUGGAUCAGGACCAAACUGGGAGUCAAGAAGGGGAGAGCAGUUAGAAAGGUACUGGGCAGUUUCAUUCUGUAGAGCAGAGGUUGCCAAAUGAGGGUUCCAGAUUAGCAUCCUCAGUACCAUCACAGCUUUGAGCCCACUCAGCAUCCUCAGAACCAACAAAGCUUUGAGCCCACUCAGCAUGCCUCCUUAAAAGAGGCUGUGGGGAUGGACCACUUAGAUUUUAACAAAGCCCUCAUAGAACGCCACUGCACACUCAAGUAUGAGAACAAUGGUGUGGAACUAGGUCGAGAGCUUCUACUUCAUCCUCAUUGCUGUGUGCAAGAUUAUUUUCAACGUAGACUGACAUGCUCUGAUUUAUGUUUUGGAGACAGCUCUUUUGGUAGCUGUUUAAAGAAUUGUUUAUAAUGUGUGAUAUUAGUCAGUGUUCCAACAUUAUAAAAUGUCCAUAUAAUGAACUGAUAACUGGUAAACUGCCCACUCUCUAAUUCACACUCUCGGGAGACUAAGGCUAUAUAGCAAGUACUAGGCCAACCUGUGCUAUGAGCAUGAUCCCAUCUCAAAACUUGCUAGGUUGGCAAGCAGUAAUGGAACAGUGUGGUAGACAUUAGCUUACAGCUCUGGGUUCUGUCUGUCACACCACUAGAGUGAUGAAGGAAGGGAGGCAGGAAGAGGAAGCAGGGAGGACACAAUUCACUUUAGUUCCAAUUUUCGAGGGUCCAGUGCCAGGUCAGGUGAACCCUAAAGUUUGGGCCUAAAAUGGCAGUGAUAAGGAGCACCUGUUAGAGCUGGCACACCCCAGCGACCCAAAGGCAUCCCGUCAAGACCCACCUCUUAAAGUUCCAUCAGUACUCAUUAGUGUUACCAUGGAGAUAUUCAAAUUCUAAACCAUAACAGAGGACCCUACAGGUUUGGGAGCACCAGGACUUCAAGGAAGGAAUCUUUUGUGUUUGAGCCCAACUGCCUCUUCAAAGUAGAUGAAUUCGGCUUCUUCCUGACGUGGAAGAGUGAAGGCAAGGAAGGACAAGUGCUAGAAUGUUCCCUCAUCAACAGUAUUCGCCAAGCAGCCAUACCAAAGGAUCCCAAAAUCCUGGCUGCUCUCGAAGCUGUUGGAAAAUCUGAAAAUGAUCUGGAAGGGCGGAUAUUGUGUGUCUGCAGCGGCACGGAUCUGGUGAAUAUCGGCUUCACUUACAUGGUGGCUGAAAAUCCAGAAGUAACUAAGCAAUGGGUAGAAGGCCUGAGAUCGAUCAUUCACAACUUCAGGGCAAACAACGUCAGUCCGAUGACAUGCCUCAAGAAACACUGGAUGAAACUGGCCUUUCUGACCAACACAACUGGUAAAAUCCCAGUGAGGAGUAUCACUAGAACCUUCGCAUCAGGGAAAACAGAAAAGGUGAUCUUUCAAGCCCUCAAGGAACUAGGUCUUCCCAGUGGAAAGAAUGAUGAAAUUGAACCUGCUGCAUUUACUUAUGAAAAGUUCUAUGAACUGACACAAAAGAUUUGUCCUCGGACAGAUAUAGAAGAUCUUUUUAAAAAAAUCAAUGGAGACAAAACUGAUUAUUUAACGGUAGACCAAUUAGUGAGCUUUCUAAACGAACAUCAGCGAGAUCCUCGGCUGAAUGAAAUUUUAUUCCCAUUUUAUGAUGCUAAAAGAGCAAUGCAGAUCAUUGAAAUGUAUGAGCCUGAUGAAGAGCUGAAGAAAAAAGGCCUCAUAUCCAGUGAUGGAUUCUGCAGAUAUCUGAUGUCAGAUGAAAAUGCCCCUGUCUUCUUAGAUCGCUUAGAACUUUACCAGGAGAUGGACCACCCGCUGGCUCAUUACUUCAUCAGUUCCUCCCACAACACCUAUCUCACUGGCCGGCAAUUUGGAGGAAAGUCUUCAGUGGAAAUGUACAGACAAGUUCUCCUGGCUGGUUGCAGGUGUGUUGAACUUGACUGUUGGGAUGGAAAAGGUGAAGAUCAGGAACCGAUAAUAACUCACGGAAAAGCAAUGUGUACAGACAUCCUUUUUAAGGAUGUAAUCCAGGCCAUCAAGGAAACGGCGUUUGUCACAUCAGAAUACCCUGUCAUUCUCUCCUUCGAAAACCACUGCAGCAAAUAUCAACAGUACAAGAUGUCCAAGUAUUGUGAAGAUCUAUUUGGGGAUCUCCUGUUGAAACAAGCACUUGAGUCGCAUCCACUUGAACCAGGAAGGCCCUUGCCGUCUCCUAAUGACCUCAAAAGAAAAAUACUCAUCAAGAAUAAGAGGCUGAAGCCUGAAGUUGAAAAGAAACAGCUUGAAGCUUUGAAAAGCAUGAUGGAAGCUGGAGAGUCAGCCGCCCCAGCUAGCAUCUUGGAAGACGACAAUGAAGAGGAAAUAGAAAGUGCAGCUGAUCAAGAGGAAGAAGCCCACCCUGAAUACAAAUUUGGAAAUGAACUUUCUGCCGAUGACUACAGUCACAAGGAAGCGGUUGCAAACAGCGUCAAGAAGACCUCAGAUGACCUUGAACAUGAAAACAACAAAAAGGGCCUGGUCACCGUAGAGGAUGAGCAAGCAUGGAUGGCAUCUUAUAAAUACGUAGGUGCUACCACGAACAUCCAUCCGUACUUGUCCACGAUGAUCAACUAUGCCCAGCCCGUGAAGUUUCAAGGUUUCCACGUGGCUGAAGAGCGCAAUAUUCACUAUAACAUGUCUUCUUUUAACGAGUCGGUUGGCCUUGGCUACUUGAAGACGCACGCGAUUGAGUUUGUAAAUUACAAUAAGCGACAAAUGAGCCGCAUUUACCCCAAGGGAGGCCGAGUUGAUUCCAGUAAUUACAUGCCUCAGAUUUUCUGGAACGCUGGUUGCCAGAUGGUUUCACUGAACUAUCAAACCCCAGAUUUAGCGAUGCAAUUGAAUCAAGGAAAAUUUGAGUAUAAUGGAUCAUGCGGGUACCUUCUCAAGCCAGAUUUCAUGAGGCGGCCUGAUCGGACAUUUGACCCCUUCUCUGAAACCCCUGUGGACGGGGUUAUUGCAGCCACGUGCUCAGUGCAGGUUAUAUCAGGGCAGUUCCUCUCAGAUAAGAAGAUCGGGACAUACGUGGAAGUCGAUAUGUACGGGCUGCCCACCGACACCAUACGGAAAGAGUUCCGAACCCGCAUGGUUAUGAACAAUGGACUCAACCCAGUGUAUAAUGAAGAAUCGUUUGUGUUUCGAAAGGUGAUCCUGCCUGACCUAGCUGUCCUGAGAAUCGCAGUCUACGAUGACAACAACAAGCUAAUUGGCCAGAGGAUCCUUCCUUUGGAUGGUCUCCAAGCAGGCUACCGACACAUCUCCCUGAGAAACGAGGGAAACAAACCAUUAUCACUGCCAACAAUUUUCUGCAAUAUUGUUCUUAAAACAUACGUGCCUGAUGGAUUUGGAGAUAUUGUGGAUGCUUUAUCCGAUCCAAAGAAAUUUCUUUCAAUCACAGAGAAGAGAGCAGACCAAAUGAGAGCAAUGGGCAUUGAAACUAGUGACAUAGCAGAUGUGCCCAGUGACACUUCCAAAAAUGACAAGAAAGGCAAGGCCAACCCAGCCAAAGCGAACGUGACCCCUCAGAGCAGCUCUGAGCUCAGACCAACCACCACAGCCGCCCUGGGCUCUGGCCAGGAAGCCAAGAAAGGUAUUGAACUUAUCCCUCAAGUGAGGAUAGAAGAUUUAAAGCAAAUGAAGGCUUACUUGAAGCAUUUAAAGAAACAACAGAAGGAGUUAAACUCUUUAAAGAAGAAACAUGCAAAGGAGCACAGUACCAUGCAGAAGUUACACUGCACACAAGUUGACAAAAUCGUGGCCCAGUAUGACAAAGAGAAGUCGACUCAUGAGAAAAUCCUAGAGAAGGCGAUGAAGAAGAAGGGGGGAAGUAAUUGUCUUGAAAUAAAAAAAGAAACAGAAAUUAAAAUUCAGACCCUGACAACGGAUCACAAAUCUAAGGUCAAAGAGAUUGUGGCCCAGCACACAAAGGAGUGGUCAGAAAUGAUCAACACUCACAGUGCGGAGGAGCAGGAAAUCCGGGAUCUGCACCUGAGCCAGCAGUGUGAGCUGCUGAGAAAGCUGCUCAUCAAUGCUCAUGAGCAGCAGACCCAGCAGCUGAAACUCUCCCAUGACAGGGAAAGCAAGGAGAUGAGAGCCCAUCAGGCUAAGAUUUCUAUGGAAAAUAGCAAGGCCAUCAGUCAAGAUAAAUCUAUCAAGAACAAGGCAGAACGGGAAAGGCGAGUCAGGGAGUUGAACAGCAGCAACACUAAGAAGUUCCUAGAAGAAAGAAAGAGACUGGCGAUGAAGCAGUCAAAAGAAAUGGAUCAGUUGAAAAAAGUCCAGCUGGAGCACCUAGAAUUCCUAGAGAAACAGAACGAGCAGCUUUUGAAAUCCUGUCAUGCAGUGUCCCAAACACAAGGCGAAGGAGAUGCAGCAGAUGGUGAAAUUGGAAGCCGAGAUGGACCGCAGACCAGCAACAGUAGUAUGAAACUCCAGAGUGCAAACUGAAGCUGGAAGACCAUGCAACACCAGAAGAUCAUGCCCAGCUUCCAAACACAGACUCCACAGACAAAAGCUGUUUUCUUUGUGUUUCUUUUAUGUAUAGACACGGUGUUACCUGAAACCACAUGGACUGGGGAUGACCAAACGCUCUUAUAUUUAACAAUUUGAGUAUUGAAUUUCUUUGGCCAACCAAAAGUAGCUAUGUACACAUACACACACACACAUACACACACACACACAGAGAGAGAGAGAGAGAGAGAGAGAGAGAGAGAGAGAGAGAGAGAGAAAUCCCCUAUUCCUGACAGGCAGAGUUGAAUCAUGAUAUAUGACUUAAACAUGUUUGCUAUGAGACAGCAUCACAAGCCAGUGGGCUUGGUGAUAACAACUCUGCUUUGUGGUGCAUUAGGACAUGUUUGAGCUGCUGCUGCUGCAAAACAAAACAAAACAAAAAAAUUAGUGCAUUAGUAACUUAAUAGUAAGCGCAUGCACUAGAAGAAACACCUCUGUCUCCAGUUCAUUAGCAGAAGUGGCCGUCUGCUAUACAAAUCACUUCGCAGAAUUUUCUACACCUAAGUUACCUCAUCAGUAAGUGCCAUGUCUUUACCAUGCCAUAAGAUGCUAACCUUCCUGUAAAUGUUGCAGAAAUCGUUAGGACAAUAGAGACACAAAACGGUGUAUCUGUGCCAAGCUCAUCAAUGCUCCCAGGGGGACUCGGCAGGCUCGUUUCAGAAAGUUUACAGCUGACCCUGCUUUGUAGGAAUUGCUUCUGCCGAUUCCACAUAUUGCAAUUCACUCUACACUAUAAGGAUCGUCAAGUGGUUAUUGGCAAAUGUUUGUAAAUGUGACCAUGUACAAAGUAUUUAUACUCCUUAAUUCUCACAGUUAUAGCUCAAAGUCAUCUAAAUAUUACCACACGACAAGACUAGUGAGCAGGAAUCAUAGACGUAAUGUUUUGCAUGAUGCACAAGCACCAAUUAUGACUAACCCAUUCAAACACAGUUAACCUAACACCAAAUAAAUACUGGUUAAGUAAAUGUACGGCACAGAAUAUUAUUUGACUAUCAAGACUUUUAGCAUAAUGAAAAAGUCUAUAUAUAUGUGUAUAUGAAUUAUGUGGGCAUUCUUGAUACUUCAAGUUCUAGUUUGAAAAAUACAUAACUAAUUUAAUUUUACACAAAAAUAUUUAUGCAGAUUUUCAGACUUUCAUAUCAGGAAAUAACCUUUUUAUGUCUGUUAAAUAUCCAAACAAUUUGCUACCGUGUUAAUCUGCAUGGUCUUCUCGCCUGCUGUAGUUGCCUUGCAGGUGUCUCAUAAAGUGGACCGAUGGGAUGGAGUCAUGCUGCCCAAACUCAGAGGAGCAUGCAGGGAUCCGGUAGCCUAGCAAGAGUCAGAUUCCUGAUUUUAGAAUACAAAAUGCCAACUUAAUUGUUGUAUAUGGUUGUACAAAUAGAUUCUGUACCUUCCUCUGAAGAGGGCAGAGAAGAUUAUGAUACCAUGAAGGCUAAAAUUCAAUGUACAACUUCUCUAAUAAAAAAUGAAAACACA